CUCUAUGAUAUUUAUGUUGGAUAAACCCAUCUCCAAAAUUGCUAUGCUGAAGAAGGCGAUUCUGGAGAGUUUAGGGUUCAGUAUUGAUUAUUAUGUUUGAUUUCUCUAAUGACCUAAACAACUCUAAAAACUAGUGUUAGUUUAUCAGAAAACUAGUUUAGGUCCUAUAAUUAAUUAUUUUCAAUUUCUCGUCACUGUAUUAAGCCCAACUCCAUCCCUUAUCAAUAAGAAAUCUAGAGAGAGAAAUAAAAGAGAAAUUUUAGAUUGAAACCACUAGAAAGUGUGUUUAUACACAGAUUACACGAGGGGUGGUCACAUGUAUCGCCUAAAACGUAUGGGUCUGGUUUUGUGAAUUACUAGGCUGGAAUGUGUUGAAUCCACCCCAGUGAAGUCUGUCGGAAUAAUUUGUCCAGGUUUUGUGAAUUACUUCUUAAAAUUUUAUUAAUUCUGGUGGCUUCAAAGACAAUGCAAAAGGAGGAAUACUAUUUAGCCAAAAAUAAUUCCAAGUUCUAACUCUUCAAAUUGUAAAAUGGAGGGUGGUGGUACAACUAGCGAAGCGCAACCCGCUUCUUUCCGAUGCGUACAAUGUGUGAUCCCAAUUAAAACUCUCUACAUACAGUACUCUCCCGGAAACAUUCGUCUCAUGAAAUGCGGAAAUUGCAAAGCUGUUGCUGAUGAGUACAUCGAAUGUGAAAUCAUGAUUCUUAUAAUUGAUUUAAUUCUUCACAAGCCCAAAGCGUACAGACAUUUAUUCUACAAUAUGUUCAGUAAAGAGACUCUCAAUCUUGAGGGCUUGUUAUGGAAAUUAAUUUUGGGCUUCCUGAUUUUGGAUGCUUAUGGAAUUUUGGUUUUGAGCACAUAUGACAAGGAAUCGAGUGCCAAUGUCACUUCGUUAUUGUGGGGUUUCAGAAAGAUGUUUGCAGGUGUUCUCUUUGGGAACCUCGCGUUUCUUUGUGUUAUGUUUCUCGGAACAAGAAAGUUUUUGAAUUCACCAAAGGGAUUAUACGGGUAUAAAGAUAUAUUGCUGGGGGUCCUUGUUUCAAGUUACUUUAAGAUUUUUCUUGUGGCUACAAUGGUAUGGGAAUUUCCUUCCUCCGUGAUUUUCAUCAUUGAUCUGUUUGUCAUAUCAUCCAAUACUGUGGCUUUAGAAGUGAUCACCUACUCAGCGAUGAUAAGAUGCUUGGCAGUCUGCAUUAUGGCACAUUCUGUCAAGUUCUUGGUCAGCCAGGGGCUCAGUAAUUACCCUCUAAAGCUAGUUAUAUAAUUGGCAUCUUUGAACUUUUCAUGCGAAAUGUGUCAUUGGCUUGAGAGCUAUGACUCUGAUAUGAGAUAAUACGGGCUUUCUUAUCUUUGGAACAAGAAUAAUUGAUUUCAUGGUUAUCGAGUUAAUGAUGCAUUGCUAUCCUGGCACUACUGGUUUAUAGAGCUUUGUUCAGACAACGAUCAAAUGAUGUUAUGCUGUCCUAGUGUUAUUCACGUUGAGGACUCUGAAGGAAAAUGUUGCUUGCGUAUUGCUUCCGUUUGGGGUUCAAUAAUGUGAUGAGCUUGUAGAAAAUCGUUCCCUGUUAAAAUCGUAAUCCCUGUCGUGCAAGUAAGGGACAGAAGACUGCAGUUUUAUUCCCCAGUGACGCCAUUAAAAUGGGUCAGGAAUGCUGUCAUUUAUUUAUUUUUUUGUGAAUGAAUUCUAGUUUGUUUCCUUCACGUCGAAAUUUGACUAGGGAAAUAUUUACAUAUACAUAGUUUUGAUUAUGAUUUGUUUAUUUCCUGUUACUGGAAAAACAAAGAACUAUGCUGAUUAAUGGAAAAAGACAGAUGAUAGCCUA